CUCUUAAUUUCCCACCAAAUUUUGCUUCUGCAAAGUUAAAACCCAUAAAAGAAAAAUCAGUCUCACUUCUUGUAUAUUUUAUUUGUGAAUUCAGUUAAUGUUUCUCACGUCCCACAUUGUUUGAGAAGACUCCCUUUUCCUUCAAUCCAACUCCACCUUUCUCAAAUCUCAUAAUGCAAUAGAAAAAUCUCUUCUUUUUUUGGGGCUUCUUCAAAAUAUUAUAAAAAAAAUCCAGGAAACGUUGCUGUCAUUGCCAGCCAUGACCGAGGUGCUCCAUUUUCCUUCACCUCAAAGCACUAAUACUUCCUCUCCUUCCUCUUCUUCCGAACCUGCCUUGUCGUGUGGUCCCCAAACAUCCUUAGCCUGCACUCAUGACAGAGAUGGGUUUGUUAAUGAAACAAGCUGUGGUGGUGACCCAGAGGGAGAGGUGAAGGAAAGACAGAAAGAGGACACAGAUCAGUUGCCUUUGUUAGCUUUGCUUGUCACCCUUUUUAGGAAAUCUUUAGUUGCUUGUAAGAGUACUGAUAGAAGGGAGCUUUGUGCUAUGGAGAUCGGUUCGCCAACCAAUGUCCGCCACGUUGCACAUGUUACCUUCGAUAGGUUCAAUGGCUUCUUGGGUUUGCCUGUCGAGUUUGAGCCUGAAGUCCCCAGGAGAGCUCCUAGUGCAAGCGCAACUGUCUUUGGAGUUUCCACAGAAUCCAUGCAGUUAUCCUAUGACUCCAGAGGUAACAGUGUGCCAACAAUACUCCUGCUAAUGCAAAGGCGUUUGUAUGCUCAAGGUGGCUUGCAGGCAGAAGGAAUAUUCAGAAUAAAUGCUGAAAACAGCCAGGAAGAGUAUGUUAGAGAACAGUUAAACAGCGGAGUUGUUCCUGAAGGGAUUGACGUACAUUGUUUGGCAGGACUAAUCAAGGCUUGGUUCAGAGAACUUCCGACCGGAGUUUUGGAUUCAUUAUCUUCGGAGCAAGUAAUGCAAUGCCAGACUGAAGAGCAGUGUGCUGAGCUCGCAAGACUUCUACCCCCAACAGAAUCUGCUCUACUGGAUUGGGCUAUCAAUCUCAUGGCUGAUGUUGUUCAGCAAGAACAUCUAAACAAGAUGAAUGCACGUAAUAUCGCUAUGGUUUUUGCUCCAAACAUGACUCAGAUGGCAGAUCCCUUGACUGCAUUGAUGUAUGCAGUCCAGGUGAUGAACUUCCUCAAGACACUUAUCUUAAGGACCCUGCGGGAAAGAGAGGAUUCAGUGAUAGAACCAACUCUGGCAUUCCAUCUGGAACCUUUCGAUGAGAAUGGAGAUCAAACCGCUUCACUCUCCUGCAUUCAAGAUACUGAAAAGGAUAAUGAAGAGAAAGAGCUGGUCUUUCUUGCUGAAGAACCUUUAAAUGAAAGUUUCAGGAAUUACAGUCAAAACAACGAGAUGCCAAAUACUGAAGAUCACAGUCCGAUACCCACCAUCGAGAAGCAAACCACUGACGCUGCUGAUCAUUCUGAUGACACUUCAGCUGAGGUUGAAACUUCCAUCACUGAAACAGAUGCCAUUGUAGCUAACCACCUGAAACCUGGAGCUCCAGUGAAUGCUGGAAUGAACAAUAAUGUUGGUCAAUCAAGUAAUUCAAGUCUCAAAGAAUCCAACAAACUUAGGGGCCUGCAAUCGGUACUUCAGAUUACAAACAGUGUUGAGAAGACCAAAGUAAUAAGCAAUUUGAGCCGUGUAGAUUCAAGGAUAGAACGUAUUGAGGCAUGGCGUUGAAGGGUACUCAACCGCUGUAGGACUCUAAACUGAUACUUUGACAUGAUUGCUGUGAAUGUUUGUUCAUUUUGCAAGUUGUGAAGGAGAAAAAAAAAUUGAGUUGUUCGUGUAUCUUUUCAGUGUGAUUGACUUGUUUGCUUAACCUUCUAAAUAACCCUAACAUUUCUAUUUUGAUAUGCAGUUACCUCUAGAGUUCAAUGAA